AAAUGAACGACGCUGAAUUAUAUAAUAAAAGCAAUAUUAUAACAAAAACGGAUGCUCUGCAAUGUUUAGAAGAAUAUGGAAAUCGAAUUAAAUGGAAAAACGGCGAAAUUACGGUUUUAGACAUUGGUUGCGGAGAUGGAGGCGUAACGGUGGGUAUACUAAAAAAAUUUAUCCCCGAUAAUUGUGAAAGACUGGUAGGUUGUGAUAUUAACGAAAACAUGGUACAGUUUGCUAAUAAGCAGUACGCGAAUGAUCACACCAGUUUCAUGGUGCUGAACAUCGAGGGCGACUUGCCAAACAAGCUUCGAGGAACUUUUGAUCACGCAUUUUCAUUCUACGCCUUACAUUGGAUCCAACAACAAGAGGUGGCGUUUGAAAACAUAUAUGAUCUACUAUCAGAGGGAGGCGAGUGCUUUUUAGUAUUCCUGGCUCACACGCCGGUUUUUGACGUUUACCGCGUCCUAUCUCGGUCAACAAAAUGGAAGUUUUGGGUGAAAGAUGUUGAACGCUUUAUUUCACCCUAUACUGAUUGUCAGGAACCCGAAAAGAAGGUCAAACAAAUGAUGACGUCGAUCGGAUUCACUGCGGUGGAAGUCGAAUGUUUGCAUAAGACAUUUGUUUAUCCAAACUUGGAUGUACUCAAAGGUCUCGUAACAUCAAUCAAUCCUUUCGAAAUACCAAAAGACUUAGAGGAAGAUUUUCUGCUAGAUUACUUUAAUGUUCUGCGAGACUUGCGCAUUAUAGAUCAUGCGAGCAGUAACGUCGAUGGACCGAUCAAAGCGACAUUCAACUACCGUCUUAUUGUAGCCAAGGGAAGAAAAUAAUCGAUUUUUUAAGAACUGUUGGUAGUAAAAAAUUGUAAUAAGUCUUAUAAAAACACAACUUAUAUGUAAUAUUGUUUUAUGGUAUGGCAAAAAUGUUAAACUUUUAAAGCAAUAUAGGAGGUAUAAGUCAAUCAUAAAUAAUUCUCUUACUUUACUACUAUUUAUGUACUUGAUAAAACAAACAAAAAGAUUAUAAUUUUUUCACUAUCUCAGAUGUUUUUAAGUGUAUAAGAUACAUCUAAAAUUUUAAAAGUAAAUUAAUAUUAGUUUUAUGUUAUUAAUAAUAUUGACCGCCCUUUUUAUAUUUAAUAAAUAAAAGUUAGAAUUA